AUGACAUACAAAAUUGGGGCACCAACAACCAGGCGCAGACGCCCCAUCCAGGGGGCUGUAUCCAUGGUAAAUGGAGCAGACCCCGAUCGACUACCAGCUGGUUCGCAGGGAGCAGCAACAGGACCCUUUCCCCCCCAGGCUCAGGGCGGAGGGCACCUCCUUCAACUAGAGAGGGCGCUUCAGGGCCCGGGGAACCUCCUCUGCGACAUCUCGGGGCAGACCCCUCCUUACAUCCCCCCGUCACUCCCCCGAACAAAAUGUCGGCCCGGCAUCAAAGAGCGUCCGGGAGUGGUGUCGCACCCGCACGAAUGUCAACGCAGGGAAGUUCACCCAACACUAAGUCUCCCACAGGUGUUUCCUGUACCAGACGGCCGCUUCGAGCAUGAACCUCAACGUACGGUGGCCGGGCCACAAAACCCAUCCAGGGCACAACUGCGCCACCCUUGCAAGACCUUAUCAGCACCGGAUAUUCGCUACAGGACCCAGCGCGGUAGACCGACAGAGGUCCUCAGUUCGAAUCCGAGCCUGGAGGCAGUGAUGAUCCUUUUGGCUCGAAGGCAUCCGGACCCAGCAAACCCCCAGCGCCAAUGGCAUGGUGGGGCGCCUACACCGCCCCUUGAAAAAGCCCCGGCUUCCCCGUCCGAAAUGGGUGGGCCCGUUACCCUGGCACUCCCACACCAAAGGACCUCUUUAAGCGGGUUUUCGGUGCACCGCAGCAGAGAUGGUUACGGAACCACCUACCCCCCUGGACUUUUAGUAGUCCGGAGAUCAGGACCCGGGAGCAUUCGGCAAGCAGCUUCGCGACCGAUGGCCACGCCGCUUGUCCUACGAGACCCUCCCGGGGAACGAGACAUCUACUUGCCCCCCGACCUCCAAGAUGCCCAUGUCUUCAAAGACGACCCACCACCUCCCUCGCCCCCCCCUAGAGGGGCCCUUUUUGGUCAUCAAGCGGACAUACCGGGGCCCAACGCGCGCCCGCCUGAAAAAAAAACAAGCCCCAGGACCCAAGCCUCAGCCUACAAGGCCCAGGCACCCGGGGCCCCCUACCUGCACAGGCUCAGCCCCCGGCCCGCCCCAGCACGGAACCCAGCUUGUGAGAACCGACACCCGGAGCCCAGAAACCCCAGCGAUUCCUCGAGCACCCCUGAUGCCCCCCCCUCCACACCCGACCUUACGAACCCCGGAACCUUCAUGAUGCGGGGGGGAGCGCCCAGGGGCGGAACUGUACAGAUCCCAAGCUUACGGAUCCCCCCUUUUCAGAAAAAACCCCCAAAGUCCCGUACCUUUUAUCGAUACAAAUUGGCCAGAAAUUAA